CAAAACAGGCACAUUGCAUAAAUAAUAUAUAAUGGAAGAAAAUGAACAAAACACUCAAGGUGGUCACAAAUUCUAUAAGGUGUUGUUGAAGAGCAUGUCAUUACAGUUACACCUUCUCCUCCUCCUUCCUGUGGCUCUCAUUCUCACCUUCACCUCUUACAACUACUACUACUUGUCAGCAUUUGUGCUCCCAUUAUUCACACACACCUUUGAGAAAAAAUAUAUCUUCCUCCUUUGCACCACUAUUCUCACUUUCAUCACCAAGAAUAUUGAUAUUUUUGGUUUGAAGGAACAUAAUAAUAUCGAACAUAUUCUCUCGCUUGACGCGCCACUUGUUGAAGGAAACAUCGGUGUCCAAGAGUAUGAACAAGAACAAGAACCGAAGGAAGACACUAACGAUGAGAGGGACAGUGAUCAAGAAGAUGAUGGAGAGGAACAAGCUGAGUGCAGUUCAUGUGUAGAUAUGGAUACAGAAGAGUUAAAUAUGAAAAUAGAGGAGUUCAUAAGGAAGAUGAAACAAGAUCUAAGGCUUGAAGCCAAACAACAUUUGAUUACUGCUGUGUAAUAUAAUAUAUAUGUGCAACAAUUCAUGUUGUUUCUUUCAUGUAAUAUCUCCUUAGGGAAUAAGUAACACUUUAGUUUUUUAUUUACCAUGACAAAGUGGUCAACUUACA